GUAAGCUCAGGUAAUACCAUUGUUUUUGAUUGGCCGAUUGCAUGCUAUCUCCCACCAGUCGCGAGAAGCUGUCCAAGAAAUUAACGAAAACUAAAGAGUCCUUCGGAAGUUUCCUGUUCCUUUUGACUCUUAUCCGCCUUGCAUCGAGUCCAAUGACGCUGUUACUAUCCAUUAUUUCCCCCGAUCUGUCAUUGAAAUCUUUCUUCAAUCUCAGGGUCUCCAUCGGUAGUUGCAUAGUAGUAACUAGCAGGUUAGUAGUCGGUCACAUUAUCAUCUUCGACCCCUAUCCAUAGUAAGUAGUAGUAGUAGUAGUAGUAAUUAGUAGAGUACGACAUAGAAGGAAUUCUCAGCUUCUUGCCUGUUACCGAUGCAGCAUGGCGCGGUUAGGCUGCCAUGCACUCAGCCAGUGUCACCCACACAC